UUCACUUACAUUCGUUAGAAAAAAAAAAAAAGUUUUAUAAUAUAUAAACGUUUAUGAAGAUUUUUCUACAUUUUUAUCAUUUAUUUUAACCUUUCGCUAUAAGUUGCUAACUUCGUUAUCUAUUUGUGUGUAUUAAUGAUGUAUAAUCAAAUACAAUAUGGAAAUACAAUAUGAUGUGGCAAAUUUUUAAAAUUUUAUUUCAAUGACAAUAUAUUAUCUGUACUUUAAGUGAAUUUUUUUUUUUUUUUUUUAUAUUUUUAUUUCCCUUGUUAAAGUGGAUAGCAUACAUUACAUAGUAUUUUGUAAUAAAUUCAUCCGAUCUUAUAUAAAUCAAGGUCUUAAGGAAAAAAAAAAGAAAAAAGAAAAGCAAUUUUUAACUAUUUAUUAGAAACAUAAUAGUUGAAACUUGGCACAUAUAAAUGUCAUUGGAAGAUUGGAUGGAAAAAGAAAUAUUAUGUUAUGCUUUGGAAGAAAAUAUGAUAAACACAAUUCAAGAGGAUAUGUUUCCAUAUGUUUCUGAAGAAGUAGAAGUUAGAACAUCUAAAGAUAUUGAAGAUGAAGUAAAAAACAAAGGCCAUAAUGUAAGACCUCUACAACCAUCGGAUAGCUAUAAUGGAGCAAUAAGAGACACUUAUAUUUGGUCUCAAACAAUCACUGACAUAGAUGUACUUGUAAAGCUACCAAAAUUGUCUUUAAAAGUCAAGGAUCUUCGAGUUAAUAUAGAAACACAAAGAAUAAAGAUUGAAGCAAUUCAAAGAUACAAAACAUCCAAUGAAAGUAUUAAAGAACCCGAAUGGACUACCAUCUUUAAGGGUGAAUUAAUAUUUAAAACGAAGAAAGAUGAGUCUGUAUGGAGUUUAAUAUCUGGAUAUGUCAGUAUACACCUUGAGAAAGUAUCCGAACGAUGGUGGGAUGCCCUUAUUAUGGAAGAACCUAAGAUAGAGCUUAAUAAAAUAGAUUGUUCAAGAAAUCUAUAUGAAAUGGGUUUGACAGAGCAAAUGAAAGUAGAAGAAUUAAUGUGGAAUCAUCAACAAAAACUUCUUGGCAAACCUACGUCAGAACAAUUGAAAAUGGAAGAAAUUAUGAAGAAAGCAUGGAACGCAGAAGGAUCACCUUUUCAGGGUACAUCAUAUGAUCCAUCAAUAAUAAAAUUUCAUUGAAACUAAUUAAAUAUAAAAAGAAAAAAGAAAAAAAAAA